CGAGAAUCGAGACGGCCAUGAAAAGUAGAACGCGUUUUUUUCUAAUAAUGAAUGUUUGAUGAUAAAGUAAAGUGAAAGCCAGAAACGCAUAGGCAAAUCUUCAAUGUUCCACUGAUAGACUUUACAAUAAACAAAAUUGCGUGUAUCCAAAAUAUCGAUUAGAGGAUUAGCCUGUGUUAACCUUACUUUAAAAAUAAACAUUUGCGUAAAGCUCGGCGCUUCUGCUUUAACGAAAUUAAUUGCAAUCGGGAUCAAAGUUUCUACCUUAGAAUGGCUAAUAAAAGUGACAUAACAAGUAUCUUAUCAAUAGAAAAUCCUCAAUUUUCCACUUACUUAAUUGUAGCAUCGUUGUUGGUUUUAAAAAUGUGUUUCUUAACGCUGCUCACUAUUUUUCAAAGGCAAAAAAAUAAGGUCUUUAUAAGUGAAGAAGAUACAAAAGUGUUUCCUGGCACUGUAGGCGCAAAUCCAGAUGUGGAAAGAGUCCGCAGAGCCUUCCAAAACGACCUAGAGAACAUUCCUGCCUUUCUAUUCAUUAGUUUUGCUUAUCUCUUCGUUGGAGUGCCUAACUGGGUUGUUCACUUCAUCUUUUACCUAUUCCUUAUAGCCAGGACCCUGCAUUCUUUCGUUUAUGCAGUUUAUGUAAUACCCCAACCAGCUAGGGCUAUUUGCUUUAUUGUAGGAUUCUUUAUUAUAGGGUACUUGAGUGGCCAUGUGUUGGUUUAUGGGGUUUACUCUGGUUAUUUAGGAAAAUAAUUAUCUUAUAAUUUAAUUUUUUUUUAACGUCAAUGAUACAACUUAGCACUAAAAAAAAUGGUUUACAAUGAAAGUAUAAGCAUAGGUACUGAAAGUUCCACAUCAAUUUUGCUUACCUAAUUUAUAUUUAGCCUGUCACUUAACCCCCUAGCCGGGGCUUGUAAGGUAACUUGUAUAAGUCGUAUAAUUUAAAAUCGAGAAAAAAGUCGAGUGAUACAUAUGGUAGGGCAUAGAUACUAGAUUGAGAAUUUUGCGGCCUUAAAAAUGAUGUAGGUAUCACUUUGACUCCAUUUCCAAUUUAAAUGUUACUGGUGAUACACACUGCAGCUACGCAGUUAAAGAGAGUUGUAAUGUCUCUAGGUUGCGCUCUUUUUGUUGGACUACCUUAUAUUAUAACAUGUGUAAGUACCUAUGUAGGAAAUACGUAUAUAGUAACAUAGCAGAAAUUAUGCCUCAAUAGUGUUAAACUGUAUUGGAAAUUACAAUAAUAAAGGAUACUGUUUUUUUAUAAUUGAA